GAGAAAUAAGAGUAAACGGAAGUAAGAUAAGUGGAUGGAAAGAUAGGUAUUGGGGAAAUAGGUUUUAAGACGAUUUAGACUUAGAAAGGCGAGUUAUGACGACAAGAGAAACGGGUAAUUCAGGAAGUGUAGGAAGGUCGAAAGGAUAAAGCAGGUGAUGCUAAAAUGACGGCCGAACACCUGAUGGCGUCGCUGUUUCACUGACGAUUUAUAUGGAUACGAUAUUGAUAUAGUAGUGCGUAGAUGUUUAAAAGACAAUUAUAAGAAGCAAAUGAAGGAAUUGAAUAGAAAAGAGAGAAUGGCGACAAGAAAGGUAUUUAGGAGAAUGAUUAUGUAAAAAUGAUUUUAGGAGAAGAAAAUUCUAUUCUAUUCUACAAAAAUCCAUGUGGAGAAGACGCAGUGUUAAGACGCAGAAGGUUUAUUCAGUUUGCAGAAUUAAUAAUCGAGCUGCGGAAGAGGCACGUCAGCAGACGCUAGUGAAAGAUCCGCCGGAGAUCUCAUGGGAGAAUACGCUGGGUUCACCCAACGGUGUGCCCUUCGACGACGACACGAAAGAGCUGCUGAAGAAAUGCCUCGACGUCUCCGUGCCGCCACCGACCAACGUGGCAGAGCUAAUCAAACGGAGCAAUGCGUUCCCCACAAUGUUUCCAAUUAACACCGUAAGAUGCGCCGCUUUGAAGGACAGGGGAAUCAGCACGGAUUCUAUCGAGUUCAAUGCAAAUUCGGUAUAUCCGUUGAUACAUGAAGCGAUGUUGCCCUUGAUUGCGCGAUGGUUGAAACACAAGCGGUUGUACGGUAGCUCAGUUGAGAAAGUCAUGUACGCGGACAUGGGUCUCGUCCAAUUCAUCCAUCGCCUGCUGGAUAAGAGGGUGGCUUCCUUCGGCGGUCCUAAUGAUCGCUGGAAAUUACUCGAUAACAAGAGCGGCUUCGAUGGAUGGGAGAGCGUCGGUACCGAUCACGAGAAGGAACCAUUGGUCCUAUCGAAAUGCUUGAGCUACGAUGAGAUAAAACUGUCCGCAAUGAUGGUGGUGUCAUCUCACACGCAGUUCAUAAACGACGGCUCGCGAAAUAAUUCAGGUAUCGUGAGCCGUGACCCAGACGCAGUCCAACCCAAUGGGAUUAUUAUGGGUGUUGCAGGCACAAGAUUCGAAAAGUCCCGAGUUAUGGAGUAUCAGGACAUCAUCGUCACGCCACAGCAGAACAAUAUAGAUAACGGAUACGGAUCAGCGAUGGAUGGCACAUCCGAGGGAAAACGCGAGAUGCGUGUUUUAUGGGCCAAGUUUUAUGGCGAGGAUUAUCACCCGCUCUACGAAGAAACCGUGAAGCGCAUGAAGUCGAAAGAGAAUAGGCGAUAUGUAUCGUUGGGCAAGUUACUCGUUGGUCAGAUAAUCUUCGAUAUCGAGAACUACAUGAAGAGAACCUUGCUCUCCGUAGAAAUAAUACUGCUCGAAGCGAACAGCCGCGCCGAGAAGCAAAACACGACGGCUUUCUUACACGUGAUUGGCUUUGGCCUCGGUGUUCGGAGAAUAUUUGAGGAUCAGGAAGUCUACUUCUUGAAAGCGUUCGAGAUCGCCCUCUGGAAAAUCAAAAAGAAGCUCAAGUACGUCUCUGACAUCAUGUUCGCUAAUUUUCAGCAACAAAAAUGCGGCAAUGCGGGAAACGGCGAUCAUCUGGGCGGUAUAAAGAUACAUUUUGCUCUGAGAGAACCACACAGCAGACUGUUCCAAGCCAAAGACGCGAGUAAACUCCUCGUUGUAACUUACGCUUGGGAUGGAAAUGCAUUGCCAGGGAAUGAAUUCUGGGUAGGGAGUCUAACAAAAAGCAGCGCUCCAGCUGCCGCGUGCAGCACCCAAAUAACCGAGCUGCAUAAUUCCAAGAUCAAUCCACGCGCGUACGGCGCCAGCUUGCACGUCGCAUCCGCGGAGCAUGGAAUUCUGCACAUAUCGGAUUACGCGAAACUCCAUCUUACUUAGGUAACCCUCGAUAAACGCCUCCUUAUCGACGCUGGUCUUCCUUGCUGAAACCGAAGUUUGAUUUUGCGAUCCACUGAAACUAUAAACGGUGUUGUCUUUAUACUGUCAACACACACCUUUAUUCAUUUGAGAAAAAAUCUCGCUUUUUUUCUUACCUUUGUAUUUUAUUAGAAGAAAUACAUAAUAAUCGAUAAUAUAUUGCAAGUACUUACCAGGAAAUAUUCGAUUAUCGAAAAAAU